ACACUUAACGUAAUUUGUGAGCCUUUCUUGCUUCCAAUUUUUUGUUGUAUCGUUAUUAUCGUGCUCUGUUAAUGAGAAAGAAGUCAGUUGAUUUUUCGUUUUGGUUAUCCUUGUGAUAAUUUUCACUCACAAAGUACGCAUUGGUUUUUAUAUUUGUGAAAAGAUCACAGUUUUUUGUACAUGAAGCUAGAUAAUUUUGAGAACUAAACAGCAGCUAUGGAGAACUUCAAUAAAUUUCCACCCGCAUGUCGUCUUCCUAAUGAGAUGUGGAUUGAAAUUUUUAAGAACUUCCCCAUUGCGGAAUUAAUUAGCCUGUCGAUCGUCUGCAAGCAAUGGAAUAGGCUGAUCUUCGCGCAUUUCGCGAAUCGCAUUCGGCUUAACUUCAAUAUAGAUUUAAAGUUAUACCCGAUUGCCGGCACGGAACUGGUCGAAGAAAGGCCUUACAAACAUCUGACUGUGUCGUCCUUCAAAAUAGACAGUCCAAUCUUUCUGAUGGAAGCUAUCAAAUGCCUGGGGGUUUCACUGGUGAGCCUCAAACUGGAUUUGACUGUGCUCGAUGCGAAUACUUUUGGUAAAUUGCUCCGACAUUGCUCCUCACUUCAUGAGUUGGACAUUAAAGCACUCUAUUUUGAAUGUGAUGAAACAUUGACUUGCUGCUGGGAUCGACUCUUUAAGAUGCGCAAGCUUCGCUUCGGUAUUACGAAUUACGUGUCCACGAUAAGCCUCACGAGCUACGAGUUCCUUUUCAUGCGAACGAUGCCAAACAUCUUGGAGUUGGAUAUAGUGGUCAACACUUCAUUGGACAUUUCUCUCAUCGGUUGGAUCGCUCCGAAAUUGAGACGUUUAAGGGCAACUGUUGAUUCUAGCGUUAUUAAUAGAUUUCUGGAACUGAGACUUCCACGGUUGGCGUGUCUGGAGUUUAACCUCAGUCAACCAGAGCAGCAGUGGAUUAAAAGGCGCACCUUUCAGAUCUCGUCGUUCCGAAAUUUCCUGCUGGGUCUCAAAAUACUGAGUAACGCGAGGUUUUGCUUUCGCUGCGAGUACGACCAAAUAUUGUUGAGCACUAUUUUCGCGAAUAUGCCAUCGAUAGAAUAUUUACACCUAUGUGGCGGGUUGGCCUCAGAACGGGUGUGGCUCAACGGAAUUGAAAAUUUGAAGAAAUUGAAGACCCUAGGGCUGCAUUCUCUAAUGCUAACGGAUGAGGCAAGCCGUGUCGUGGCUGCGCCUUCAGUGGAAACUCUCUCCUUGUGUUCCUUCAUCAGGCCGGACAACUUUAUCUGUAUUCUGAAACGUUUCCCAAAUCUGAAGACGCUAACACUUCGAAUGCAUAGUACCGAGCUGACUGCAGUCUCAGUUUUCGCUACAUCUCUACAGCAGUUGACUAUAGAUAUGUAUCGCGUCACACCUGAGAUAAUCAGUCAGAUGGAACAGCUGGUGGGAUUGAGGAAACUUUGUAUUGAAGCAAACAUGAUUUCCAGGCCCAAUUUCCGAUCGCUUUGUAAAAUAUUUUCAUUGCCGGCGAUGAAACGGUUGGAGAUCACUACCCAGUCAAAAAUUCUACCUAACAUGGCUGGCGCUCUGGCAGCCUCCAAUACCUCUGGCAUGCUGAUUCUGAACGGGAUUGUCGUGAAACCAAUUAUAAAAACACGUAAAGCUGGUGCGAAACGGAAGUCAGGAGGACGCACUAAGGCCAACAAAACCGCAAAUAGCAAUACGGAUCAGGACUUGGCCACAGGCGUGGAUCGAUCUGUUGGCUUAGAUCGUACCUAUAAUGAGAAUGGUUCAGGCGAAUAUUCACGGUUGGACGAGAGUUCUUAUAUGGAGUCCAGCGAAAUGCUUUCCAGCACGCCUCUCAAUAUGGAGGACGAUAGUGUUGCUGGAGAAGGAUCGUCGAUUAACGAGAGUAGAGUUUCUAUGUAGAAGACGCUUUUCAAAAUUAGGGCAGUUAAAUUUAAUUUUGUGAUAUGGUUGUUAGAAUGUUUUUUCAGUUAGAAUUUGGAAAGCAUAUUUAUUUUGUUUGUAAUGUUCCAAUAUGACCACAGCAAAUCACUGUAUACUGUAGAAGGCUUUACAGGAAAAAGAAUAUUAAAUUGAUCCCCAUUACAAUGUGGCAUGUGGUUAGGCCUAUCUCUAUCGUGCUAAAUUCGUUAUAUUUGUCUACUUUCGAUUAAAUUUUUGAAUGCGUACUCUUGGAGUCAAUUGAUUCAUCCAAUAAAGCUUUGUAAUUUAAUUCUA